UCGGAUCUUGGAGCUCCGUAAAACCGUUAAAAAGUUAUACCCCCUUAUCUAUUGUGGCAGAUCUCAAUCACAAUGAGAAGGAGAUGGACGGCUACGAUCAACUGUCCUAAACCCCCGGCCAAUCUCCACCGUUCACUGCCCUUCUCCUCUCUUCCCCGGCGAGCCCCGGCGGCGCGCUCUGCGCCCGUCGCCGGUGACAACGGCGCCAUCAUCGCCGCUCUGAAGUCCUGCUCCUCCGCCCAAGAAACCCUAGCCACCAUGGAAUCCAUGCGAGCUUCGCAGCAGCAACUCCAAUUUAAGCCAUCUCUCCGAUGCCGCAACGCCCUCUUGACCACACUCGCGAGAUUCCAGUUGAUCCCGGAGAUCAAACAAGCCUUCGAUGAACUCCGCCGUGAUGGCCUCUCGCCGGACCUCGUCUCCUACAACGCUAUGAUCAAAGCUUGCUCAGAUGGGGGUGAUUUCAUGGAGGUGAAGAAGAAUUUGCACUGCUUGAAGAGAGAUGGGUUUAGACCGGAUACCUUUACUUACAAUUCUUUGAUCUUAGGGUUUUGCAAAAGGAGGGAUUUUGAGACCGCUUGCUGGAUUUUCAUGAUGAUGCCGAGCUUGGGUUGUCAAAGGAACGAGUUUUCCUACACGAUUCUCAUCCAGGGGCUUCUUGAGGUUGGUCGCAUUGAUCAAGCUUUGAUUUUGUUAAUGGGGAUUGGGGAUGAUGGAUUUUUAGCUAAUGUUCGUACUUAUACUGUGAUCAUUGAUGGAUUUUGCAAGAAAGGUAGGGUUUUGGAUGCUGAGAGGUUCCUCAAAGAGAUGAUGGAUAGAGGAUUGGUUCCCAAUGUUGUCACUUUUAAUGCUUUGAUUUGUGGGUACUGUAAGAGUGGAAAGAUUGAGGAUGCUCUUGGAGUUUUGAGAAGGAUGGAAUUUAGUGGAUGUGAGGCUGAUUCUUGGACUUACGGGUUGAUGAUUGAUGCUCUUUGUAAGGAUGGUAAGCUUGAAGAUGCAGAGAGAAUGAUGAAUGAGGUUUCCAAUAAGGGUUUCGUUGCUAAUGUCUUCAUCUAUAGUGCUCUGAUGGAUGGGUAUUUCAAGCAUGGAAGGGUUAAUGAUGGAUUUAUUGUAUUGGAGAGGAUGGAAGUUGAUGGGUGUAAACCAGAUAUUUGGACAUAUACAAUGGUUAUCGAUAACCUUUGUAAGCAGGGCAAGCUUGAAGAUGCGGGUAGAUUGCUUAAUAUGGUGUUGGAGAAAGGUUUGGCUCCCAAUGUUGUUACAUACACAGCUUUGAUCGAUGGAUAUUGUAAGCGAGGAAAGGUUGAUGCUGCUUUGGAGGUUAUGGAGUUGAUGGAGAUGAAUGGAUGUCGGCCUAAUGUUCGGACAUAUAAUGAGCUCAUCUAUGGGUUCUGUCUGGAAAGGAAGGUACAUAAAGCAAUGAGUUUAUUGGGUAAAAUGCGUGAAUCGGGAAUAACUCCAAAUGUUGUUACCUACACUGAGUUAAUCCAUGGGCAAUGUGAAGCAGGCCGUGUAAAUAAUGCGUUUAGGCUGCUCAGUCUGAUGGAUGGGGAUGAUUUGGUACCUGAUCAACAUAUAUACUCCAUUCUGAUAGAUGCCUUCUGUAAAUCUGGGAGAUUCAAUGAUGCACACUCGCUUGUUGGUUUUUUUGUUAAGAAAGGUGUAAACGCAAAUGAGGUGAUUUAUACUGCAAUAAUUGAUGGACUGUGCAAAGCUGGAAAUACCAAUGCUGCUCAAGUAAUGCUUCAGAAAUUGGUUUAUGAAGACUACUCACCAGAUGUGUACAUGUACAGUGCUUUGAUUCAUGGCUUGUGCAAAGAAAAGAAAAUGCAAGAGGCAUUGGCAUUGCUUGAUGAGAUGUCAGAUAAGGGAGUCAAUGCCACAGUGGCCACGUAUACUAAUAUUGUUGAUGAGAUGUUGAAAGAGGGAGAUUAUGAACAUGCUCAAAGGAUGUUGGAGCAGAUGGCUUCUUCAGGCUGUAAGCCAAAUGUAUUCACUUACACAGUGCUAAUUCGUGCGCAUUGCAGGGGAGGGAAGGUGGAAGAGGCAGAAAGUAUGAUGGAACAAAUGAGAAAUGAAGGGUUUCUUCCUGAUGUCCUCACCUAUAAUACUUUGAUCGAUGGGUAUGGACAUGUGGGAUACAUGGAUAGAGCUUUUAAUGCUCUUAAGCAAAUGAUUGAUGAAUCCCAAGAGCCCAAUUACUGGACUUACUCUAUUUUUCUCAAGCAUUUGUUCAAUAGGAAAUUGCCUGAUUCGAUCGCAGUUGACGUUCUUGACGUAUGGAAAUUGAUAAAGAUAGAUAGUGUCUUAGAUUUUUUGGAGGAGAUGGUACGACAUGGUUGCAAAUCUGGACUUACCACUUACAAUGCCCUUAUUUCUGGAUUCUGCAGAGGUUGCCGUUUGGAUGAAGCAUUCAAGUUACUUUCUUGUAUGAAAGAAGAAGGUUUGUCUCCCAAUGAGGAGACAUACGCUUCCCUCAUCAAUUGCUGCUGCAAUUUGAAAAGGUUUGCAGAGGCAUCAAGUUUAGUAGAUGCUAUAGUUGAAUGUGGUCUGUUACCAUAUUUGUGUUCAUACAGGCUUCUUAUUUGCAGACUUUGUGAUGAGGGGAUGUUUGAGGAAGCUAAAGAUGUCUUUUGUAAGCUAUUUAGGUGCGGUUUUAAUUAUGAUGAAAUUGCUUGGGAAGUUCUUCUCGAUGGUCUAUGUAGAAACGGGCAUGUUGAUGUAGCCUUAAAUCUGCUAGCUAUCAUGGAAGAAAGGAACUUUCGCCCUAGUCGGCAAACAUACGUUAUGAUGGAUAAUUAUAUUCCUGUGAAUUCAGUUGAAGUGUUAAGUGAGAGUUAGGGAUGAUCAUGUUGGAAGAAUGAUUUGGGCUUCAUGAUAUCUGUUAGGUAUGUCUCAUGUAUUUAAGCUCCUUUGGGAGAGAUACGAUGCAUUUCUUUGUCAUGCCCUUCGUCAUCAUUAACUCCAAGCCUGUCAAUCGGAUUUAAUUGCUACUCAACAGGAGACCGCAGGGUAGGUUGCCUUUUGGAUCUAUCUCUUGUGAAAUGUUGUGCUUGUGCAAUUCAUUUGUUGGUGCUAUCAUCUUGAGGAGAAGUCUGGGUUUAAACUCUGAGUAUGUGAUGCUAAUUUUCCAAUGAUGAUCCACAUGUCAGCGCUAGGCGCACUGAUGAGCACAGAUGUAAAGAUUUAGUGACUACAUGUUGAGACAUAUUGCAAGUGAUGGUGAUAACGUGAGUUGAUACAAGUGAUGCUGCUGAAGUUGUAAUUAUGCAUCGUUAAUUGAUUUUAAUGAGCAAGUGGGAUCUAUGUGAGUUACAGUUCACUUGACCUUUCUGUUCUCAUCUGACCCAGCGCAACACCCCUGCUGAACUGUUCAGUUUUUAUUUUCUGGUUCCUGCAAAAGCUUCCACCAAUUCUGUCUCUUAAUCAUCCAGGGGAGCUAUCGAUAUUUGCUAACUUGGUUUACAAAAUCAACCAAGCAAUUUGUAUGGUUCUUGAAUCGGAUUAAUUGCAUUUGUUAGCUGAUUCAGAGAAGAGUUGGAGUUCUGAGGCAUCGACGGCUUGUUAUGGACCUCUAAUCUGGUUCUCUCAUGCUAAAAGGUCAGGCCUUCUAGCUUUAUAAUGAAACUCAAUGUUUCGAUUUUGAUUUCACCGCGCAUUAACAAUUCGUAAUGGUGACUUUGGAGAUCGGUUUUGUGUGGUAAUAAGGUUUAAAGUGGACUGUAUGGAAAUCAUUUUUCGAUAAUAAUUUUUAGCGAUGCUUACAAUUACAACAAUGAGAACAGUUGCAUGUUAUUAUUAUUAUUGUUGUUAUUGUUAUCACCAUCAUUUAGGAAUGUAGGUACAAUUUGGCAUUUCAAAAUCAUGUGUGUAGUGUUUUAGUUUGAUUUUCUUAUUUAAAAAAAAAAAAGGUUGCU